AUGGGCAACACUCAAUCAAGCCCAAAUGAGACGCGCCGCUCCAAUCGACUUUCAAAGCCCCUAACCAAGAAGUUCAACACCUUUCAUUCUCCUCAACAUCUCCGGCCAGAGUGCAAUUCAUCGGCCUCGGGACUGAUUGGAUGGCAAAAUCCUUGGGUGGGAUACAGCAUCUCCAGCACACCCGUGGAGAAACGGAUCGCUUACCCAAAGAAAGCCGAGAUUCCCCCUACUCUGUUUGAGGCAGAGCCAUCUGAAGAAAGCCCGACAGAUAUAUACGCCGCCUUCACAGAUGAUCAGGCCCCUGAGAAUUGUCAAGAUCGCCCGAGUCUUUUGACAACGGGUUCUCAGAGGGCUUCGUAUCAGCCUGGAACGCCAGAUGUAUCUCCUCAGUUCUCGCCGGUGCAUGAACAGCCAAGAAGGGCCAAUUCAAUUCAGACCCCUCUUCAAAGGCAAAAUAGUGUUGUCCUUGAGAACAGCGAUGCAACCUCUUCCAACACUCAUUUCCUGGUUGGCAACCAGCGAUUCUCAUUGACGCGCCGGCGAUCGCUCCUGACUCGACCUGGGGUUGCUACGAGACGCACAACCGGUGCAAUUCGACGCGUUCCAUCCCCGAUUGGAGAGCCAAUCGACGAUCCCAGCGAGUCGGCCGUCUUGCAGUGGCCCCUGCCCUCAAAUCAGAGAAUGCGUCUCCCAUCGCCAGCGCGGCCGACAAGUCCAACUGAUGCCCGAUAUACUCAACUCGGGGCUCUCAAGCUUGGAUCUCUGAGGGUGGUCAAUGGUUCAGCCUCUCCAUGCCCCAGCGAGCGCGUUCCUUUAGAUGGGCCUGGAGUAGGACUUGGGAAUAUUCAAGUCGUGGGCCCUCUGAGAGGAUCUACACUAGAGAUUCCUGCUUUGCCUGAUUUGAAGAAGCCUGAUGAUGUCCCCGGCAGUCCUUUCUCAUUCGAGAAGUCUCCCACCAUCACCGUGCGCCCACGGAACAAGUCCUUGUUCCCCGGAGACACGGAUGAUGAAGCGAUCGCUCUCUGUGACAAUACGAGGGUCCAGUUGGAGGAAGGUGCUUUGGAUGGCCUUGCCCGAAGCACGUCCAGAUCUCUUAACAAAUCAGACAGUGGUUACAGCUCUGCCACGUCUGUCCACUCGAUUCAUCGAAGCCGCACUCGGGAAUCCAUCGAUUCACAGACGUCUGGUUCGUGUGGCGCGGACAGUUCAAAAAAUGCGUGGAUCUCCAAUCUUCCCCCCCAAAGUCGACCAGGCGAUGGCAUGCAGCGUCAUUCGAAUCUGGAAGAAAAACCCGAGAGCUACUCACGGCUGCUCCCAGCCUCUCGCCGAUGGUAUGACUCAAGCAACCCAACUCCAGUCGUUCAAACGCGAUCACGUCGAUCAACAUUAUGUGCACCCCGCUACACGGAAUAUUCUUCAACGUAUGGGACCAGUCCCGAACAAAAACCUGCUGUGGAGUCCCGGUGCCUCUCAAUUCCUCAACCCCAACAAGGCUUUACUCGGGGCCCUUUAUAUGGCGAUCGAUUGUCGGUCAGCACGCUUGAUGUCUUGUCUGUCACAGACUCAACCAAUGUGGAGACAGCCCUAAGUCACCAAAAGACGAUUACUGGAAAUAAGGAACGACUCCGCAGAUCAGCCUCUGCUUAUCACAUUUCCGAAGAGAGCAAUACAUUUGUUAGUCGGCGUUCUCGAUCCAGAAGUAAGGGGGGCAGUCGUAUCUGGAGCCUGAAGCCGGGCGUUGAAGUUCCCCCGUUGCCCACGAUCUUGUCCCCGGGCUUCUUGCAGGAUGACAAUGAUGCCGAAUUAACUGGCUCUGAGCCAAUACGAGGCCGGCCUCGAAGCCGGAGCCAGGAUUACCGCCGCUGUCAGUUGACGAAGUCACGUCCUCAGCCCGAUGUUCAUAUGACGACCUCUCCUUAUGCGCUUUAUUGA